GGCUUGAUGAUUAUCCAAGACCAACACCGCCACAUCCUGCAGAAUUACAUGUGGAUUUAAUGUGUUGGGUAGGAUUCAUGGCAAGGUCGCUUGGAAAUUUUGCUAAAAGGUUAGGUGAAUGGAAUGAUUAUGAGGAAUUUGAUGUUCAGUAUAAAAAUAUCGUUAAUAAUUUACAUG